CGUAAAUUAGUGAUAAACAUUAAGCAAUUUGUAAGAACACAAGUUUUUGGUUUCUUAAAAAGUGAAAUGUUUUGAGUAAAUUCGAUACGAUUUUCUUAAAACUAUAUAGUUUUGAAAUUAAAAAAAAAUACAGUGUAACGAUAAAAACUACAAGAAGCAAACAAUAUGUACGAUAUUGUGAAACAUACAAUUCUCAAGAUACCCAAGUCGUUGAAUUUAAAAUUAAACGAGCCGGCAUUAUUUAUUCAGUCUCGAUGUGCUCACAACAUCCGACCGCCUCGUAUUAAAUACCCCAUGUGGUAUUUACAACGAGAACGUGCCAAAGACGAACAGUUUUUGACCGACGACAAUCGUGCGUUUGUCAAAGAAGCCGUUCACGACAAGUUUGGUAUGCCGGCCGUAGUUCACGGGAUAUCCACAUACGAACUGCGUUCGCCACUCGUUGAGAAUCCAAUUGUCACGGACAACAUAAAAUGGCAUCCAAAAUUAGAUCGUACGGGUGUGAUCGCCCGAAAGCUUGGCAAUUACCCCAUGUGGUUAAACAACGGUAAAAGUGUGCUGACAACGCUUUUCCAAGUUAUCGAUAACCACGUCGUCAAGUACAUACCCCCUGGAGAAUUCGACCCGCCUCGAAAACCGUACAGCUGUCCGAAUUACAAGAAGAAACUGGGAUGCCUUCUGGUCGGCGCCGAGAGUGCGGAUCCACAGUAUUUUACAAAAGAAUACUGCGGCCUGUUCUACAGGGAAGGAAUGAUGCCAAAGAAAUAUCUAGGCAGAUUUCUAAUAUCUCCAGAAGCCGCUUUGCAAACGGGCACUCCGCUUUUAGCGUCACAUUUUCGUCCUGGAGAUUUUAUAGACAUUCGUGGAAAAACUAUCAACAGAGGUUUCCAAGGCGUGAUGAAGCGUUGGGGUUUUCACGGUAUGCCCGCUACUCACGGUGUAACAAAGUCUCACCGGAGAGGCGGCAACAUCGGUCACGGAGGUGAAAAAGGAAGAGUCUUUCCGGGUACGAAAAUGCCUGGUCACAUGGGCAACAGGUUCAGAAUGCACAGAGGCGCAGAGAUCUUGAGAAUCAAUCACAAGUACAACGUCAUUUGGGUUAAAGGCGUUGCAUCUGCCGGCGAAACCAAUUCAAUAGUAUACUUGUACGAUACAAAAUUACCGCUGAAAAAACACAAAACCGAACCGCCGUUUCCGACGUCGAGUAAAUCUGAAGAAGACGAUCAAAUCGUAGAUGCCUACAGAGAUGAUAUGUACAAAUUUACCGACCAAACUAUCACUUUCGAAGAAGAAAAGUAGAAUGAGCAAUGUUUAAAAAUAAUAUUUCAAACAUAUUACGUCAUCGUUUUGUUGUAUGUUUUUUUUUAUUGAAAUAAAUAAAUUCUCGAAAACAUUUAUUUCGUGAACUACUAUUAAA